ACGCGGCGGCCGCGUAGAGGACCGUCUUCGUACUGCGCGUCCGUUGGCGGGAGUCAGUUCCGGAGUCAAGGUCGUCUGAAGAGAGAGAGGAUUCCGUUUUUCUCUCCCUCUCACGCUCUCAUCUCGCGAAGGCUCGAGGGGCGGAAGCUCGACUCGCGUCGAGCGCUACAAGUCGUCGGUUGGGAUCGUCGCGGCGUCGAGGGGGAUCAUGAUUUUCCUCUGACGAAGAGCCGCGCAACCGUGUCUGGCGUUAAAUCCGAGAUGGGAAUAUGAGCUGAAGACCUCAUGUACUCGUAUGUACACAACGUGCUAUCUCCUAUAACGUAACAUCUUCUCACUUCUGUAAUGUAGCGGAAUAACGUCCAGUUAGACCGAAAAUGGAAAAUACCCUCCGCAUGUCGAACGCAUCGUCGAACAACUGCCUUCGUACGACCUCACCCUCGUGCUCAGCGGGACCCGUCUAACGUCGUCCAACCCGGAAGUCGUGCUCCAGGGAAUUUGACAGCGGGCAAGAAAGAUGUAAUUUAGUUUUUUCCGCCGUAUUACGACGGGGAUAACACGUGACACGAGUACACGGGACAUCGAGCGUCGAAUUGACGUUGAUCGUUGACAUGCCGGCGAUGUCGGGAGCAUAAAACGCGGCGUUGUACCGCCCGCUUUGAAGAUGCUGGUGGAUGACUGCGGAAGCGGGAUGGGGUGGACUACGGCUAGCGUGCGCGGCGGUUGGUCCACCCCGGGAGGAUGCAGAAAUUCAGCCAUGAGCUUCGGCGGCAGCGUGCCGUCCUUGCACCCGACCGGUUCGAUAAGAUCGUUGCGCUCGCAACACUCCAUGCAGGCUCCGCCCGAGACACCGCGAAGAUGCAUACAUUGUCAUCCGGUACAUGUCCCCAGUACCCCCAAUAAUUAUAUGCAACAUCCUAUGCAGUACUAUACGCCAACUCAUUGUAUAGAGGGUCAAAAUGGCAUGUAUACGCCGCACCGUGGAAGUUCGUAUCACGGCGAUACUCGUUUGCGUUACGUGGACGCCGAUGACACUAUAGGUGGCAAUACGAACUGGGUCUUAGGCGAUCUGCGCAGCCUGCAUCGUUGCGUACCCGCAUUUCGUCGUACAGGGAUAGACGUUACCGGUAUGCGGACGCAUUUCUAUCCAGAGGGUGGAUGGGGCUGGCUGGUCUGCGCCGCCGGUUUUCUCGCCAUGUUGCUCACUACCGGGAUGCAGCUUGCCUUCGGAUUACUACAUCUUUACGCCGCCAGACAUCUUGGUGAGGUCCAUUUGAUGGACAUAGUGUGGGCGGGGGCGUUGAGCGCCGCGAUCUCCCGCGGUUCCGCGCCGCUGGUCGUCGGCGCGUGUCGCCGUGGCAAUACGAGGCUCACGGCGGUGAUCGGUGGCCUGGUGCUGGCCCUGGCGUCGCUCUUCACCUCGUUCGCCGUCCAGAUGCAUCAAGUGCUCCUUAGCUACGGUCUGGUGCUGGGCACGGGGGCUGGCCUCGUGAGGGAAACCGCCAGUCUGGUAUUGGGCAAUUACUUCAGAAAACGACGGGAGUUCGUCGAGAUGGUGGUGCAGGCCGGCACCGGCGUGGGAAUAGUGCUCUUCAGCGUCGUCUACAAAGAAGCGGUCGGGAAGCUGGGCUGGCGACUGGGACUUCAAUCGGUAACCGGAGCGCUCUCGUUGGCCUUCUUCCUGGGGCUGAUUUACCGGAGUGCCUCGCUGUACCAUCCUCAGCGGCGAGCCAUCCUGCAUCUAAAGAAUCAGCGCGGCAAAGUCAAAGAGAAGAAAUCCGGGACCAAGGUACCGAGGCAGCCGUUGGUCGAUCUGAGUCCUCUGGGAUCACGUCCCGUGAGAAUGCUCAUGCUGGCCGCCGGUGCUGCCGGUUUCGGUCUUUACACCCCCGCCUUCUAUAUCGCUCUGCAAGGCUACCAGGACGGACUGGAGGCUAGCGCCCUGGUACUGCUACAGACCUUUCUGGGCCUGGCGGCGGCACUCGGAUGCGCGGCUUUGGGGGUAGUUAUCGUCAGACCUUCCGCUCAGUGCCUAGUAUCCAGGCAAUAUCUCUGUCAAGCGGCACUCAUUGGGGUUGCCGUAGCUCAAGUGGCGCUUGGUAGCGUGCAAGGUUACCACGGACUUGUGCUGGCCUCCGCGCUCUACGGCGCCUCGCUCGGCGGCACACUCUACUCCCUGAAGAUGCUGGCCCUGGAGAGGCUGCGUGCGAGACACUUCGCCAGAUCGUGGGCUUUGGUGCAAGCCGCGGAAGCCCUACCCAUCCUUCUUGGAGUUCCUCUCACAGGUUACAUGAACGCGAGCAGCCCGCGGGUGGGCUACUACGCGUGCACGCUGAGUUCCUUGUGCGGCGCGGCGCUCCUCUUCCUGGUCGGCUGGGGACGGCAGCCGGCGUCGCCGGUCUUGCCGGGGCCGCGUCUCUCCAGCCUCGGCAUCGUGCCGCCACCACCGCCGUGCGCGUGCCCGCCGCCGCCGCGGCCCCGGCUGCCCAAGUCGCAGUCCCUCCACGUGCCGCUGGACGUCGAGGACGGCAUGCGCGAGCGCGACUUCGUCGAGCGGGUGCACGACCACCAUCCGAUCGUCGACCACUACUGCCAUCCGCAGUUCCACCACGCGCCGUUGAGGCCCAGCAAGAGCGUGCCGGAGGGUCUCGGCCAUCAGGACCCGUACCGGACCCGGCCGCGUCGCCACCGCGACAUCACCGUCAUAGAGCAGAUCACCACCAGCGUGUAAGAUGAUGGGAUUCACCCGACGACCCUCCUGUCGGCGCGUCAUAUUAGGCUAAUGGCACCAGAGAGCUCGGCAACGUUCGUUUCAUCCUAGGAUUUUAAAUUUCGCGUUUGCAGCAUAGUUGGUCGGUAACGGCGACACGGCUAUCACGUUUCAUCGAGACGCGAUCUGCAUGAACAGUUUAUAUUGAUUUCAGACUUGUACAAAAGCCUCAGGAAGCUUCUGUAAAAGCUUUUUUACCUUCUUGUCUUUCUCACGCUCCGGAAGUAGGAUCGCAUCGGGAAAGAGCAGAGGAUCGCGUUUCUUUUUAUAAUUUACGUCGCGCUGUAUCACGUUUUAUUAUUACACACCAUUCGCUGGCUUACCUUCCCCCCUUUUUUCUUAUUCUUCGCGUCCGUCGCGUAAGUCUAAUUUGCCGGAAAAUUUAAGGUGGCUCUUGAAGGAAGGUUGGGGACCAUUAGCGUAAAAGCUAGCGCGCAGUUGCAAGCAUAAGCGGGAAGUAAAAUAGUGGUCAUGAAAAAGGAAAUAAUUGCGCGCAAGUCGUACCAUGCGCGCGCGUUGGCUACGAUCAUGCGAUCGUAAAUCAAGGAGGAAUGACAGUUAAACAUCGCUCUUUAGAAACAUUCCUGCUACGUUGUUCUCCUAGUUAGCGAUCGACUAUUGAAUUGAAUUAGCUAGCAAAAUCUCCAUUGAAUAGACGAGAUUGAAGUGUAUUGCGCGCGUAUUAGGAAAGUAUUUAUUCGUGUCGACGCGCUUGUUUCAAGUAUUAACUGCCGAAGAAACGACUGUCCGCUGGCUAAACGCACAUUCAACGGCGAAGUCGUGGCAAGUCGUAAUCAAAAUUUCGUUCUUUUUCCUUGAAGAACUUUAAGAAUGCUAUUCCUAUUCUUUCUAGAAAAAACACGAUUGACGAUUGCAGCGAAAGAAUAGUCGAAUGGGUUUCCUCAUUUCAUUUAUAUAAAUAUACCUUUCCAUUCGACUCUUCUCGCGCGGGUCGCCAGAGUCGUUAUCCACAUCCCGUGACGGAGAAUAGCGAACAGUUUUGAAUGCAUUAUCCUUAAACGCGGAUCACCUCCUUGGCCCUGGAGCAUCCCCUCGUUAUUUGCAUUUCGAAUGAGACGAAUGGACGAAUCGAGUUUUAGUCUGAAUUCGCGGCAGGUUCGUAUCCGUUUCCACUUUGACGUUAACUGUCCGAUUAGUCGGCUGCGCAAAUAUUUCACAAACUGAUAUCUUCCCUGUCGUAUAGAAUUUCGACGUGACAUUUAUAUAUAUAUAUACGUACAUAUAUGUGCACGCACACGUGUAAAUUGUAAGUGAUUAAAAGCAGACGCGUCAUUUCUCGAUAGAUGGAAAUAUAUGUACAGCGCACGGAGCUGGUCUCCGGAAACGCCCCGCGCCGCAGGUAAUCGUUAAAUAUUGAUAGGUAUAAAACAUCGCGCGGACGCUUUUCGAGCGAGCGAAAACCGGUCGGACGCACGCGAGGGGAUCUUCGCGAGCGGUAGGUAAAUAAAUUAGGGCGAAUCGAUGGACUUUGCGUACCUAGUUGCAGAUUUCUCGCUUUCGUUCAAUUAGACAUUGGGACUUUACGACUGUGAGGAAUUCUUUCACAUAUACGUAUAGAUUCCUGUUUAAGAAUCUAUAUAUAUAUAUAUAUAUAUAUAUAUGAAGGAAUUUCAUUUACAUAUAUUCUCAGUCAGGAUUAAAAUAGGUACGUCAUUUUACAUAUGCAUAUAUUCUAUAUGCAUAUAUGUUCUCAUUCAGGAUUAAAAUACGUUAAACAGCCGUGCUCUUCUUAUUUUUAUGUAUCCGCGCGCAAUUCGUAUUCAUCAUUGAAAAAAAAACCAUUUACGGCGUAUUAUGCUAUAUGUGCUAUCACGAAAUGUCGGCUCUAUUCCUAUUCAUCGUGUAAAGCUAAUUAUAAUCCCGAAUCACCUUACGGUAACAUAAUUAGUACCUGAAUAUUAAGUGCUCUAGGUAUCUAUAAUAAUGUGAGCGACGAUGCUAUAACGACGGUAAUUUAAUUAUUCCUACUUUCUCGUAUGACGCACCUUGCUAUAUGUCGAAAUUAAUCAUUACACACGAUACGAGUCAUCGUGCCGCAUCUCCUCGCCGCAGUUGAUUUCGAUCGUCGAGAAACGGUAGAAAGUAUCGCGAAGGUGUUUGCCGACUGUAAGAAAGUAGUAAGUAAUGUAGAUUACAUAGAACUCGUAGUUGAAUUUGUCAUAGUUUGGGCAGUGUUAUUACGUAAGGAAAUCUACAGAGAAUAGAAUUUCCUAUAUAUAUAUAUACAAUGAAAUCCAAUUAAAUUAAUACGCACCGCCGUAUUGAUUCAAUCUCUGAAAAGUGGAACAAUCUCCGAUUCACGAAACGAACGAUUUUCAAUUCACGUGACGUCUCGUCUGGGAAAUAUCAGAGUCAAUCAGAACGUAUCCUUUUCAGCUUACACGUUUCCUUUUUCUCUUUUUAACGCAAUCCCUAUUCUUGGCCCGUAUGUGGGCCACGAUUUUUUCUCCCGAGUUCACUAAGUGAUAUAAAUUAGGAAGUUAAAGCUGUUAGAGCAGGGGCGCACGAUAUACGGGGCCAAAGUCAGGUUCCCCAGACAUAAUUUAUAUCGUUUAACGAUCAGGUAAAUGAAGAGCUAAAUCUCUCGUCGUUUCCAUUCUUCACGUUUAAAUAGCUGUACGUCCGUACUUUCUCUAUUACAUGUAAAAUUGUAUUACAUUAUCACGUCGUUAUCCGCAAAAAUAACGCAAAAGAUAUUUCACGGUGUGGAACUGUGGACUCCUUUCGACACAUAUGUGCCGCAGUUCGCACGAUAGAAUUUAGAACGUGAUGUGCCCCUGCAUUAGAGCGAAACUGUUUUUACUACGUGUAAUUAUCGACGCGUGUCAAGCGGCGAGUUUGUUAGAUCGUAAAAGUUGUAGUCUAUAAUGUUACAGAGUAUUUCUUAGUCGCGUUGAACAAUUAAGGUAUCCGAUUUCUUUGAAUCAAUAUAUAUAAGAAUCAACAUAAACGUUACCAAUCUUAACGUUCGUUACGAGACCUUUUUUAAUAUAAAAAAAAUAUAUAUAUAUAUAUAUACACAUUAACUUUUGAUGUGAUGAAUUGUUUGUAUACUGCCAAUUUUUAUAGGAUAUAAUCGAGUCUCGAUUUUCGAUGAACGCACGCAAUGGAAAAAUCGCAUGUGGUAAUUUUACGAAUUAAUCGACGAGAUUAAACGUCUUCGUGUUCUGUCGGGACAUUUGUAAAUGAUAGGACAUUUUUUCCUAAUCUCUCGCGAUCAUUAAAUCGUUUGUUAACGAAUUUUACACGGUAGACAAAUAGUUCACCUCGGACUGUAAACGAUUUUGGUAGAAAUCAUGGGAUUCGCUUAUGUCGCCAUAACGUAAAAUACUCAAAAGAUUUACGAAUUAUUUUCACUCCUUGCACCAAUUUGAUCGUUUAGCAAUAUUUUUAAUAGUAGUUUAUCUGUACUGCAAUUAUGAAACAUAUAAUGUUUUGACUACUAAUAAAUUUUGUAAAAGCAAGAAAUAUAUUUGAACAAAAAUAAUUUAGGUUUUCGUUUUUUUUAUAUGUACAAACAUGUGUUUUGAUUUAACGAGGUGCAUAAAGAAUUGAAGGAAACAAAAGGGUAAAUUUAAAAGUUAUGCAUUUUCAUGAAUUUAUUACUGUCAAAAUUAAUGAAACCAUUACGUCAAUAAUGCUGGUAGUAAUAAAUUCACAAAUUUGACGCUAUUUAUAAAUUACUUUUAUGUCUAUAUCAUCAUUCAUAAUAUCAUGGUAUACUUUUGUAUGGUACAUUUUGCUCGCGUAAUAUAUAUUAUACAAAACGUGCUUUUUUUUUUUACAUUAUUAAACCUAUCAUGAUUAUUAAAUUAUCAUUAAAAUCUAAUAAGAGAUCAUUUGUAUGCUACUUUAUUCGUAAAUUACCAUUUAUAUUAAAGAUUAUAAUUUUCAGGAUGACCUAAUUUCAGAAUUAAUUGCGUAUGUGUCUACGAUAUAGGUGCACGAAGAAUUAAAUGUUCCUCACAAUGAUUUUGUAUGACAUUAAAAAUUUUGUUCAAUUUUAUAUUCACAUUUUGAGAGAGAUUUGUGUAGCGAGUUUUUCUAGUUAGAUCAAAAUCCGAGCUUGGAGGUACUUGCACAAUCACGUUGCGUUUACGAUGAAAAAUAUCUUAAUCCGAAAUAUCACGAAAUUGUAAUAAAUGUUCUCAAGGAACCUGCGGUAAUCACGUUAAUCGCAUAACAGCUUUGUCGUCAAUCGAUUGUUAGAAAUCGCGUAACUCCGUUGCCUUGUAAAUAUACCUAAGCAAGGUUCCCUUAUUGCAACACGUUGAGCAUUUUGUAAAGUUUUAUAAAUAGUUCUACGUAGUUAAACAGCUGGACCAAUAAAGUAUAUAUCCGAUUGUACGUUACUUCUAUA